UUUAUAUUAUCUUUAAUCGUUUUUACUAUCUACAGCCGUAAUAAAUAAUAAUAGCUUGGAAAUUGGAACACUUAGAUCGAUCGUCGUGUUGUUUCUGUACAGUCGUCAGUCAGUACUCAAUAGUGAAAUUUACUAAUUACUAUAUUAAGACCUAAAGUCUGAGGUAAUAAAUCUAUUAACAGUAUGAACUCCAAACAUACUUAUUCUAAUUUAUAGUCUUGACUUUAAUUAUAAAUCAUACUUUAAAUAGGUAUAUAAGAGAAAAUAAACUAUAAUUAUCUUAUUUUUUAUACCUCAAUUAUUUUAUCUUUAAAAUUUAAAAUCGGUAAUAAUAAUGUUAUAGAUUAAUAGCUCCUAGUUUUGAGAAUCACUAAAAAAAGUGACUAUGCUGAUGUAAACUUAUUAAAUCAAUACAAUAUUAGUAGUAAUUCAUAAUGACGUCAGCUUCAAGUACAAGUGCUAGAUCCCUUUUUGGUGAUUCAAAAAAUUUGUUAAGUGAACGAGUAAAGUUGAACAUCAAUAAUAUGUCAUCAGUUAUCAAGCAAAUUCACCGAAGUUCAAAGAGUCAUGACAUGUUAAAUCAAACAGUCAAAAGUCUAUUAUUAUUAGAAUCUAAUAUUGAUCGUACUGAACAUAAUUUAAAUCAAUUAAAAAAUGUUUCAACUAAUUUCAACCAACAAUAUGGGGAAUUUAAAAGAUCUGUACAUCGUAUUGAAGAAGUAAAGGAACAUGUACAAACCAUGCAAAGAUAAAUUUAUAAAUUUAAUUAAUUCAAAAUUAGAUGUAUAUUCAAAUUUGUUAAUUUAUUUUGUAUAAUGUA